AUGGCCACAGCUGCCUCUAAUCCCUACAGCAUUCUCAGUUCCAGCUCCUUAGUCCAUGCAGACUCUGCGGGCAUGCAGCAAGGGAGUCCUUUCAGAAACCCUCAAAAACUUCUCCAAAGUGACUACUUACAAGGAGUUCCUAGCAAUGGGCAUCCGCUCGGACACCACUGGGUGACCAGCCUCAGUGAUGGGACUCCGUGGUCCUCCACGCUAGCGACGAGCCCCCUCGACCAGCAAGACGUGAAGCCAGGAAGAGAAGAUCUCCAGCUUGGCGCAAUCAUCCAUCACAGGUCGCCUCAUGUGUCUCACCACUCGCCCCAUACAAAUCAUCCCAACGCAUGGGGAGCCAGUCCAGCUCAUAACUCAUCGAUAACCUCCAGUGGACAGCCUAUUAAUGUCUACUCGCAACCUGGCUUCACAGUCAGUGGCAUGUUGGACCAUGGGGGUCUAACACCACCUCCUGCCUCAGCCACUACCCAAAGCUUGCACCCAGUGCUGAGGGACACCGCAGAUCAUGGAGAUAUAGGCUCCCAUCACUGUCAGGAUCACUCUGACGAGGAGACGCCGACAUCAGAUGAGUUGGAACAGUUUGCAAAGCAGUUCAAACAAAGGAGAAUCAAGUUGGGAUUCACUCAAGCAGACGUUGGCUUAGCACUAGGGACUCUCUAUGGCAAUGUUUUCUCCCAGACUACUAUCUGCAGGUUUGAGGCUCUGCAGCUCAGCUUUAAGAACAUGUGCAAACUGAAACCACUGCUAAACAAGUGGCUAGAAGAGGCAGAUUCAUCUACCGGCAGCCCGACUAGUAUUGACAAAAUAGCAGCUCAGGGCAGGAAAAGAAAGAAGAGAACCUCGAUAGAGGUGAGUGUCAAAGGGGUUUUGGAAACUCAUUUUCUUAAAUGUCCCAAACCUGCAGCCCAAGAGAUCUCCUCCUUGGCAGACAGCCUGCAGUUAGAGAAAGAAGUGGUGCGUGUCUGGUUUUGUAACAGAAGACAAAAAGAGAAAAGAAUGACUCCACCAGGGGAUCAGCAGCAGCAUGAGGUUUAUUCUCAUAACGUGAAAACAGACACAUCCUGCCAUGAUCUUUGA